AACAGAUAGUUUCUACUCUAUAAGCAGGCAGAACCAGGGAAGAUUUUAGAAAAAUUUUUAUUUUGUCAUCCUUGUCAUCGAAGCACCGGGAGUACUGUCAAACAAUACUUUAAAUAAAUUGUUGUCAUUAAAGGGUAAAUUAAUAGAUCGACAUGGGAGACGGGAAGAAGGGUGAACGACAACCAUUAUUAAAAAACGAAAAUGUCACUUAUAGUUCACAUGCCAGCGAUUUCGUAGAUGAAGCUGAAUCAACAGUCAGUACAGUAUCUGCAAUAGGUCCUGAUGAAGUACCACCUCCAUAUGAAUCAGGCAAUCAAUGUGGAAUGCCUAUGGUUACUUGCAGAGUUUGUCAGGCUAUGAUAGAUAUUUCUGGUAAAAGAGAUCAACAUGUUGUCAAAUGUUGUCAAUGCAAUGAAGCUACACCCAUAAGAAAUGCACCACCUGGAAAGAAAUAUGUUCGUUGUCCAUGUAAUUGUUUAUUAAUAUGUAAGAGUUCUUCACAACGUAUUGCUUGUCCAAGGCCAAACUGUAAACGUAUUAUUAAUCUUGCUCCAAGUCCAAUUACACCACCUGUUUUAUCUAUGCCUGGAAUGUGUAGGGUAUGCUGUGCUCACUGUCAUGAUACAUUUUUGUUUAAUACCUUGAAUAAUGCUUUGGCUCGAUGUCCACAUUGCCGAAAAAUAUCUUCUGUUGGACCAGAUUUUGCUAGGGGUCGAGGUAUUGCAUUCAUUAUUGUUGGAAUAAUAGCCUUAGUAAUUGCAAUAGCUGUGACUGUUGGAACACAUACAUAUGUGAAAACUAGUGGUGGAAUUUAUGUUGCUUAUGUUGGUGCAUUUCUCCUGGCACUUUUGUGUUUGGGACGCAGCAUUUAUUACUGUACAAUGAAAAUUAGUAUGAUAGAAGGUCCUAUGUAAUAUCCUAAAUGACAAUCAAUUGCUGAUAUUUUAAAAUCAAUUCCUCUAACAUCUAUGUCGUAUAAUAAUAUAUUUAGAUCAAAUGUUUAUAGUAAUAAAAUGACAUAUAAGUCCUGUUAGGACAAUACUUGGUAGAUAUAUACAUCCUUACACAUGCAUAUGUAAGUUUUUAUUGCUAAUAAUGUGCAACAUUCUUACAUAUACAUAUGCAGAUGUACAUGUUACGGACAAAGAGAAUGUGUAAUAAAUGUAUGACACUUUCUCAUAUAAGGUAAUACAUCACAAAAACAUAAAAAAUACUAGAAAAGAAUGGGGUAUCCAUUUUAAAAACAAAGGAUUGUUCCUCUGCACUUUUAUAUGUACAAGCACAGGACCAAAACAACAACCCCAUUAUAUUGUUUUCAUAUUUGAAUGAAAAUAUACUAUAUAUGCUUUCUACAUUGCAGUAAAUAUACAAAAUGCACAUAGAUAUAUAUGCAAAUAAAACAUUCUUGCAUGAAUAUUAUUCCAAUUGUAAACAGCUAUACAUAUAGCUAUAUAUUAUGUUUGCAAUUAUGAACUUGCAUUGUCAUAUGAAUAUCUUUUUAAAAGAAUAUAAUGUUUUGAAAGACAUUUUUGAAUUUAUGUAUUAUUUGACAUGCAAGUAAAAUUAUAUAAAAUAUAUAUGUUGAGAAU